AUGACCCUGAUUACUAAUCUAAACGUCGAUCUUAUCGUUCAUCACGAGCGCUAUUCUGAGCUGGAAUUAGCCAUCAUGCGUGUAGCGAAGCCACAACCCAUUGAAGCCAUACCUAAUAGUGAGCUUGGAGAUGCCUCGUCAGCAUCGCUGGACUCAAUUGAUGGAGAUAUCAUCGAGCCAUUUAUGCCUUACGGUGUGUUCAUGCCUGAGAAAAUUAGGAUGUUUGGCAUUCCUGAUGAUCAACAGCUAACAGCACGGCAGAUUUUGCAACUCUACACAACUAUGGCCGCUGUGGAUGAGAAAACCAAGAAAGAGUUUGAGCCUUGUAGCUUUUACGGCUUCAAAGCCGGUGAACCUCUCUGGUUGUCACGUUCUGCGCUGAGAAAGCUUGAAAACGGCUUAAAGCAUCGCCUGCUGCAGUGGCUCGCUGAGGAUGAGGAGAAGAUGAAAAAGGUGCUUAACAUCUUAGCAAAACCCAUCGAUGAACAACUCCAGCAUCGCGCUGUUCCUUUUAAUAAGGAAAAACUUGCCUUGGACAAUAUCGUUCGACUUGUUGAUGAAAUGAACGAGAAAAAUAUGCUACCCGCAAUGUGUUUCAAUGACGAUCGGAAUGUCUGUGAAUCUCUGGCCAUUCGGCUUUGCGAAGAACUUGAAAAUAGAGAGAUGGUG